UCAGCCUCCCAGCCACGCCCUGUCCCUUCUCUGCUACGCGAAGGAAGAAAACACGCCUGGUUGAGAGCGCGCUGUCACAGGGGGAGGGGGGAGAGAAUCUGGCUAUUUAAACUACAUGCAUUCGGGGGGGAGCUCCUGAAGUCAGUAGCCCAGCUGAAGACAGAUCUCCAGAGCAGUGCAAGAUCCAGGAACCGUCCGACAACGAUCUGACAAAGAUCCAAAAUUGUUUUCUCUACCGCUGGAGCCUGGAACUGAUGGCAGAGAAUGUCAACGAAUAAUAAUAUAGCACAGGCCAGGAAACUGGUGGAGCAACUCCGCAUUGAAGCAGGGACUGAGCGCAUCAAGGUGUCGAAGGCGGCAGCGGACCUGAUGAAUUACUGCGAGCAGCACGCUCGUAACGACCCCCUGCUGGUAGGCGUGCCCACCUCCGAAAACCCCUUCAAGGACAAGAAGCCUUGCAUCAUCCUAUAGCUCCGCCCCUGACCACGCCCCCGAGGCGGGCUCUGGGGAUCUCCAAUCAAGACCAACUGCAGCAACAACACAAGUCAUUGGACGAAGGGAAAAUAUCACUUUAUGUUGAGUUUCGAUAGUGGGAAUCUAAACACACACACAAAUAUAUAAUAAUACAAUUUGCUGAAAAGGUGAAGGUGUGUUUUGGGAAAUCAAACGGGUUCAUGUUAGUGCUAGAAAAGGAUAAAUAAAAUGAGGGCGGGUCGUUUUUCUUUUUUAAAGUGAAAAUAUUCCGAUGAUAAUUUUUAAAAAGCAUGUGGUUUUUCAGCUGGGGGCGGUGCUGAUCCAGGAAGUUGUUUCGUUCCGAUCAGGGCCAAGUGGGGGAAGAACCCUCCUUAUCGCAGAGCUAGUUGGGUCAGAUUAUGAUUUGGUUGCUUCGCGUUCAGUUCUUUUCUCCGUUAGUUUGUUUUGCACGUAGCUUUUUUGUGAAAGUGUAUUGCCAAACUGUCGAAGAUGCAGCAUCCCUUUUUAAAAGGAACUUGAGAGAGUGGUAACACGUUGCAGCGUGCGCCUCUGGAAGUCAUGGCAGUCACUGCUUCUGUGCUCUAAAGAGUCACACACUAAUUCAAAUGGAAUCAACCCCUUUUUAAUAUAUAUGUGAUGGUAAUAAGAAUAAUAAUGAUAAUCCCUAAGAGAAAAACAAAAGCCGAAACUUAAAAACCUGAAUUGACUCGACGAGGUGCUUUCUGUAAAGUGCUGCCUGUAUCAUAACACCUUAUAUCUUGUGAAGGAUGAAACUGGGGUUAGUUUUAUAUUUGACUAGUUUUUUAGUUGUUGGAUGUAACGCAGUGAAAUCCGCAUUCAUCAUAAUCAAUAUUAUGCUGUUUUUAUUAUGCUAUUGAUUCAAGCAGAUGGUACCCUCUAGUCCUGUUGAUAUAUACUGGAUUUUUAUGUAUUUUUUAAGCAGUUUUUGGAACCCCCCCCCCCACAGACACAGACACACACACACACACACACACAAAGUGCAAUUCAGUGCUGAGUGCAUUUAGCAGUUUGAAACCUUUCCCCUCUGGUCUGCCAUUCCAGUUCCAGCCCAAAUCAAACCAGAAGUCAUUUCAACAUGAUGCUAUUAGGGGGGCCCUUUUGAAAUGAGUUCUGGUGGUUCUUAACAAGACCUUAAUGGGCAGGAGCCCCACGUCAUAAAACCAGCAUCGCAGUCCUAGGCAUGGUGACGAGACCGGGGGGGGGGGGGGGGGUGCACUAAAACCAGCAGCACAGCGGGCAUGGAUAGGCUGUCUGAAAAGCUGAUGAUUGCAGUGGGAAUGAACUACCCUCCCAUACCCUGACAGGUGGGGCAGCAGCGUGGGGGCUAAAGUUUUUUUUUUUCUUCUCUUGAGCACAAUGAAAAAGUCGUGCUUAGUUGCCCAGUUCAAAUUUGAAUUCUUUCAUUUGCAAAGCAAAAUAUGCCGUCACCCAUUUAUUCCCCUCGCUAUGUGCUUCAUGCCACGCUCCGCUGCAGCUCUGACGUGAAGACCAUCAAAUAUUAAAGCAUCAAGCGACUUUUUUUUUACUGCAGAGACUUCCGUCCUCAAGCCUCUGCAGUAAUUAAACUCCACCAAAAAAAUAAUAAUAAUAAUAACAAUUAAAUCCCCGUUUUCUGUUUUUCAAGUCCCACUGUUUCAUUGUAGAUAAUAAUUGUUCUUAAAGUGUAAAAGCUUACCUGACAGAUGCUGCUCGGACCGAGGGUUGCUGUUCCCGAUAGCAGGAUGUUCAGAGUCAUAAUGAAGACUGAAAUGUGUUUCGUUUAUUCAUAACAAGGCUGCCACUGAUCUGCAGGUAUUCAGGUGUAAGUGAGUCUGCUUCCCAAGACAACAGUUCACAUAAGAAAGCUGCACAGACACAGGUUGAAUCCCACAUAUCUCCCAGUUAGUAGUAAGGAUGAUACAUUUAUAACCAUGUAACACUAUGUUAUAGCAUACCAUAGCGAUUUCAUUUAUAUAGCGUGCUAUAGUGCAAGAACCCUAGAGCGCUUUACAAAAAAAUAAACAGCAAACCAAAAGAGCUCCAAACAGUGAAAGGCCAAAUCAAAAAGAUAUGUAUUGAGCUUUGAUUUCAAAACAAUAUCGACAGACUCCAGAUAUAAUUUGGAAGUGAGUUCCAAAGUGAAGGAGCUUGACAACUUAAAGCCCCUGAAACGAUUUUCAAUGGAGUUCUUGGAAUAUCCAAGAGGCCACUGUUCUGUCGAUCUCAAAGCGUGGUUUAUAGGGAGUAAGAACCAUGGAUAGCCUUUUAAGUGAAAAGCAGUGUUUGAAUGCACUGCUUCACGAGAAGCCAACGUAGUGACCUUAAAACUGGGGAAAUAUGGCAAAUAGAUUUAGUGUGUGUCAGUGUUCUUGCAGAGGCAUUUUAUAUGAGCUGCAACCUGUUCAAUGAGGCAUCAGAGAGACCAGCAAGGAAUUACAAUAAUCAGCCCUGGAGGUACCAGAUGCAUUUCUGCAAUGCCUCUCCAGACCAGCAUUUCAAGAAGAUUUCUAUGUAAGACAGUCAUUAUAAAUGGAAAGUCAUUUGUGGCAAGCAAGACCGUGUACAGCUUUGUUUCAGUGGGGCCGUUGAUGUACCUCAAAGGUAUAAGGACACUCAGAGACCUCAUUGUACCUUUGAAGACACUGCUGAAGACUUCUAGUCGAGAUGCUUGUCAAGGAAUUGUACUGUGCGUUUGUUAUAGUGUUUAAUAAGAAUUCAGUGUUUUAAAGUUGUGUUUAAAUGGGUUAGUGCCAGGCAGUAGAGAGGAAGUUCCACAAUGCGGUGUACAGGAGUAGUGACUGAAACCUGCUGAGUUAAGGUGCUGACAGGUACAGAACUUGUGGACAGAUCCCUGAGAUAUACUGGAGCCAUGAUAUACACUAAACAGCGUUUUCAAUUUAAAAGCCAGUAAGAGCCACGUAUCAUAUAAAUACCAGCAUAAUAAUCAAUCCUAUUCUAUUCUCUUUGGGGUUUGCAUUAUUAUUAUUAUUAUUAUUAUUAUUAUUAUUAUUAGUAAUAUUAGUAUUAUUAGUAUUAUUAUUAGUAUUUGGAAAUUUGGUCCUUAGUAAAAAAAGGGAUAGUGCAUCUUAAAGAAAACUGCCAAAACUCUGUUUUUAGGUUUUUUGUUUGUUUGUUUUUCUAAAGUGACUUCUAAGUGUUCAAAUGAGUAGUUGUAUUGCUCAAUGUAUUUUUUUCAUGACAACUUUUCAUCCUUAAUUCGCCACUUCCAAAAGCCCUUUUAAAAAAUGCCAAGUCAAGCUUCUAAGAACCAUUUCAAAACUUUACUGGGGAAAAAAAAGUACAUGUUAAUGCAUUGAGGGCUCAAUCUAGAGGGGAACGAAUUGGAACAUUCAGACUGAUGACAUCACAUUGGAACGCCCAAUCACAGUCCAGAUACCAGGUCUGUCAUCGGCAGCCUGAGAGAGUAGGCAGCAGGCUUCAUUUUCAAUGAAGUUAAGUAGUUAAGAGUGCCGAAAUGCAUUGCCAUUUUAUUGUAAAGUUUUUAUUUUAUUUUAUUCUUUUAAAAAAAAAUGCUGUAAAAACUUUGAAAAAUUGAAUUUUUAGCAAUCCUCACUAUCGUGUUGUCACACUGUACAGUAUUUGUAAAAUAAAUAAGGGGGAACCACUUUCUAUAGUAAAAGAAACACUUACCAUUGCUUUACCUACACUGUAGAUGGCCUUUUUAUAAAAAAGAAACCACUAUGUAUGGAUUCUCUGAAAUGGAAUAGUUACCUUUUACUAUACUGGAGAUCAUUUAUUGUGAAUUGUUCUGUUUUGUAAUUCUACCACUUGGUGCGUCUGUGAGGGGUAAGCAGUUCAUUUGAUAAAGCUGGGAAAGAAUUCGACAAAAGUGUGGAAGGCAGUGGGGUUUGAGGAGCUCAGUGGUUAGAGAAAGAAAGCGCUGGGCUGCGGUGUGGAAGGCAUUGGGGUCUGAGGAGCUCAGUGUUUAGAGUAAGAAAACGCUGGGCUGCAGUGUGGAAGCCAGUGGGGUUUGAGGAGCUCAGUGGUUAAAGAAAGAAAACGCUGGGCUGCAGUGUGGAAGGCAGUGGGGUUUGAGUAGCUCAGUGAUUUAAAGAAACAGUGUUAGACAGGUUUUCGCAGCCUUGGUGUACAAUGGGCUAAUGGAUUUGCAUCUCCUGCAAUUUAGAUGAAUUGAUUUGACCCUUUUUACUUGUAAAGUAAAACAGAGAGAGAGAGGGAUAGUCUUCCUGGGUAUUAUGGUGUUAUGUAAGAUCCCUUUGCAGUGCUGACUUAUCUGUCACUUGAAUGCCACGUGGAGGCAGGCUCCACACAGCUAGCCCACAUCGUGGCAGAUCCCUUUGUUGUGAGCGUGUUCCCGCGUGUUAGCCUGAAAGGGUGUGGGUUUGAUAGCGACAUAGUAUUAAAGCCUGAGAAAGCGUGCUCAUCUGUAACUGUAGCUGCACUGGAAUCUAAUUUUAGAUUCCCUUGCAUGUUUUCAACAGGCUGCUUCUGUUAACAAAACAAAUCUGUCUGCAGUCAUUGUGAGCAUUCCCCCACGCUGUUGGUGUGAGAUCGCCCAUCACUCAUUUCAAACCCCCACGACCGCUAGUGAUUAAGUUCAGAGAGAUGGCAUUUAGAUCCGUUUAGUCAAGCUUCCUCUGCCAGAUCAUGUCUCCUCUUAUCUUUCAUUUUUGUAGCCGGAGAAACGGAGCUACAAACACUGUCAUCUGAUAACAUCGCUGCAAUGCUGUUUUUAACGUUGCUCCAAAUGUCAAAUAAUACUGAUAUUUAGCCCGGUGCUACUAAACAGGUGUAUCACACAUCAUACAAUACUUUGCCACCCUGUAAAAAUGCCUCUUCUUUUCUGGAUGUAUCCUAGUCUUAAGUACCCCUCACAGUCUAGUUUUUUCUUAAGGACUACAUUUAGACAGAACUUGAACUGCAAACCACAUGCAACCUGAUCCAUUUUUGACUAAUAGCAAUGUACUCUAUAGAGGACCUGCCUAAAUGCUGCACUGCAUUUUGAAGGAGGCAUAUCUAUUAAAUGACACUUGGUGGGAGAGAAUUCUGGACAGACUCCAGGUCAGGAAAGCUGCACUGUAGGAGUUCAAAGCUUGAAAUGACUUCAAACUCUUAAGAGCUUAACCCUUGUACAGCAUCUACUGCAGGAGCUGUCGUGUUGCAUGCAGGUCAGAAUCUAGUUUCAUGCAGAGAAACACCGUGCAGUCCAGUCAUAGAAAAUCAAUUAAGAAAAUAGCAAACUGGGGUUGCUGCACCUCAGUGGCGUGCGUCAUCAGGAAAAUGUAAUCAAAGCAAACCCAACAUACUGGAAAGCUAAACAAACUAGAGCUAUGUCAUCUGGAGGAUAAACUAAAACAUGAAGGAAAGUAGCGUGAGAUUGAAGCCUUUUAUGUAAUUAUUGACUUUUUAAAUGGUAGAUCCUCUACAUUGUUAACAAACAAAAAGGAAACUCAGUAUUUUCCACAGCUGCAGUGUGCAGAGAGGGUCAUUUAGGUGCUUUGAGAGGGAAGAGGCUUGUGAUCAGGAAACUGAAACUUGCUGUCGAUCCACAGCACAGCAUAGAGACAGACCUGUUUACCAGAGGAAUUCCCCUUGUUGCAAGAGCUGGAAGUAACUGAUCUCUCUGUCAUGUGGACUGCAAGUAAGAAACAUGAGGCAGUCAGGUGCACUGUUGUGUAGGGGAGAAAGAUGACAAAUGAAUACAGCGACUGUGCCAAACUCCAAGUACUGCCGUUGCAGUGUUUAAUCUCCUGUGAGUGAGUCAUUAAGUAACUUCUGCCCCUGCACAGUGUGGAUUUGUGUGUGUACUUGUUGAUCCUACAGUAAGCACAGAGCAGUAUUGAAUCAGAAACCCAAGUGCAGAAUGAAAUUGCACAUUUGAGGACUGGAUCUGCAUCGUGGGUUUGACCGCUAAGUCGCUGGACAGAAUGUUGCACCAAGUAGCUCAGUGGUUAGGAGCACGGGACUGCAGUGCUUUUAAGGACCUGAGUUCUAAUGUUUUAAAGUCUUCAUUGUUGUUGCUUAUCGGAGUAGUGGAAGGCUGUGGCAUAUAUAGCAUUUCAUUUUCAAAUCCUAAAUAGACCAGACUCCUCUUCCUCUUUUUCUCAUUUUGUCUAACCUCCCCCACGCAGCGCUGCAGUAUGACUUACUUAGGUUUGACGGUUGUAAACGGGAAACUGUUCUAUGGAAAUAUAUGGUUAUUUUCCUUUUAAUGCAUGAUUUUGUAAGGCUAUAGGAUCUCAUGCAGUUUGCUUUGAACCUUGGCCAAUGGUUCAAGUUUGUUCUGAAAAUGGAUUUUGUUUUCUGUUGCAAAAACACACUGCCAAGAAAUGAAAAGAUGGUUUGGGUUAAGGAGAGCUCCAUAUUCUAGAAUACCAGUGGAUUUAACGGGAUACUUCUUUUUUUCCAUUUCAUAUUUUUGUGGCGUUGGGAAAGGGAGUUGUGGGGGGGUCGGGUUGGGGGGGGGCCCAGACCAUCUUCUAUUGUAACUUUCCCUUUUAUGAAGAGCAAUUCUGUGUAUGUAACUGUGUUUUAUCUUUUGCCUUGAAUAAUAAUAUGAAGAAUUCUUGUACUUUUUGUAACGGUUCUUCUUUGAUGUGCCAUAGCCCAUGUUUCUUGCACAGUGUUUUAAUAUUUUGUGGAUUCGCUGUUCUAAAAGUAGAAAUAAAAAUGGAAACAAAAA